AUGGAUGAUUCCAGAGCUUUUCAAUGUGUCCCUUCAAUUCUUCUCUUUUUUCUCCUCCCCAAAACACUCACAUUUUCUUCGAUCCCAAAAUCUUCUGAAUCCGACGCUGCCAUUGUCGAUGUUGAACCUUAUAACGCUGUUCCCGAAGCCAAAGUAGCAGCAGAACCAGAACCAGCUCAGAUUGUUGAGGCUUCCAAGGAAGUGGCUAAAAGGGAAGACAUUGUUGUUGUUGUUAUGAUUGGGGGUCCCCAAUACAUUAUUUUCCCUGGAAGAUAUCUCCACACCCUGAGGCUGAAAGGUGCAAAUAUCGACGAUAAGAUUGUUCUAAACAAGGUAUUGCUUGUGGGAACAAAAACUACAUAUAUUGGAAAACCUGUAGUAACUAACGCUGCUGUACAUGCUGUUGUUGAGGAGCAGGGACUAAACCCAAGAGUAGUUGUCUUCAAGUACAAGAAGAAGAAAAAUUAUCGGAGAAAUAUUGGACAUCGACAGCCAAAUACUCGGAUAAGGAUAACAGGCAUCACAGGCUACCAAGACUAUCCGUCCGUUACGCUCAACUCCUAAAAUUCCUUUGUGGAGGGUCAGGGGUGUUAACUUGUAAUUGUUUUAUGGAGUUCCCCUUCCUCAUCUUCAUCAUUUUGUUUCCAGUUGGUUUGUAGCUUGAUAUAACUCUCAACAGAUCAGCAUUAAUUGUCAAAAAUGAUGUUAUUUUUAUG